GGCCAAUAAGAAUCUCUGAAUACAUUCUUUGUACUACAUACUACAAUAGGAACACUGGUGGCUCUCCCACUUCACAUAGUUUUCUCUUGGUGAGAUUCUCUCCCAGGCCACAAGACACUUCCUGCUCAGAGCUACCAUAGUCUUUUAAGACUCUGCAUCAAAAAUGCAAGCUCCAUCAGUGGUCGUUGUGACUCAGCCUGGGUGUGGUCCUCCAGCCCAAACCUCCAACUGGCACACUGGCCUGUGUGAUUGCUUCACCGACUGCGAAGUCUGUCUUUGUGGCACAUUUUGCCUCACGUGCCUUGCAUGUCAAGUUGCAGGUGACAUGAAUGAAUGCUGUCUGUGUGGAACAAGUGUUGCAAUGAGGACCCUCUACCGGACUCGAUAUGGCAUCCCUUCUCGGAGGCAGCGGCACCGACUGUUCCUUUCCUUGCACAAUGAAAUAAAGGGAUCCCUCUGUGAUGACUGUUUGGUGACCAAUUGCUGUCUUCCGUGUUCUCUUUGCCAAAUAAAGAGAGACAUCAGAAGAAGGAUAGCCACGCGUACUUUCUAAACAGCUAAUGGCAGAAAGCUCUUACUGAAGCAACUAAAAUCAGCAGACACCUCUUCAACUUCUCCGCCUUUUGCAACUGAAAUAUGAUGAACGAGUUUCAUCACAACUAAUGGAAGAAAAAAAUCGCAUUUUUUACUUAUCUUAUUUGAAUGCUGCCCCUUAUUUGUGCUAAAUGGUCCACCUUAGUUUUCCCUCACUUUCAUGCUAUCAAAUUUUCUGGCUUAUAGCUUUUGAAGAUUACAUUUGCAAUAUAAACCAAAUUAAAGAUUUUUUAACAAGA